AUGGGGAAUGUGAUGGUAAGUCAAGGUUUGCUGGACGGUAGCUUGUCCGGUCUGACCAUUGUGGCCAGCUGGUUCAGUCUAGUGGUUAUGAUGAUUAUCAGAUGGAUUGUUGAGGAGGUGGUUCCUCUUUUUGUUUGUAUUUAGUGUUCUUUUUUAUUACAGCCAUUUGGAUCGUCAUUGGCUAAAAAUCGCAUAGCCCAGAACGAAAAUCAACGGCAGGAUAGAUUUAAACAAGCUCAAGUGAGAGUAGCGGAUAUUGGAGAGACAUUGCGAGAUGAGAUCGUUGGCCUGGAUUUUAAAAAUUUAAGGGGUAUGUUAUUUUUACUUGGUAUGAUGAAGUUUAGAGAGUUUGCAACAAGGAAAGUACACUGCUGUUGUUGUUCUAAAGGCAUUUGCAUGGAAAGCGCUGAACGAGAAUGCUCGGAUCAACUGUUUGGCUGAGUUUUUGUUGGAGUCAUUUGAAAAGGCGGAGGAAUUGGAUAAGAAAUACGGAAGUUUGAGUCAAAAACCGACUCUUUUCGGAUUACCCUUCAGUGUUAAGGGCAACUUCUAUGUAAGAAUAGCUUUCAUUGUGUUUACUGUAUUUAGGUGAAAGGAUAUGAUUGUACAUGUGGGUUGUCCAAGUUCUUAGGAGCCCCUCAGACCGAUAGUUGUACUCUGGUUACUUCAUUGGAAGAGCUUGGAGCUGUUCCCUUUGUCUUAACUAAUGUGCCGCAAGCACUACUGUCGUUUGUAUGCUCAAAUCCGGUAUACGGUACCACAAAGAACCCAAAAAAUGAAGGAAGGUGCGUAUUUUCAUAUCUAGUCGUUUUAUUAUUUUAGUUUAAUAUAUUUAAAAGAGGUUUCGAGUAUGCCGAAUUUUUUGUUACGCACUGUACAAGGCCAAAAUGUUGUGACGUGCGAAUAAAUUCUUGCCACUGUGCCGUUUAGAACAACUUUUAUUGUGCCUGGGGCCCUGCACAUUGCAGGGCAAAAAGUUUGUUAUGGCCGAAACUCGUGGUUGGGUGUCAUGGGGAAAGGAAUUUGAGUUUACCCGGAACCGCUCUUUUUUUAUAUGUUCAUUUCAGAAGUCCAGGAGGAUCGUCUGGAGGUGAAGCCGCCCUAUUAGCUGCCGGUGGAUCGUCUUUUGCCACAGGCAGUGAUCUGGCUGGUAGUUUACGGAUCCCUUCUGCAUUCUGUGGACUUGUUUCUCUUAAACCAACACAAGGUAAUCACGUUGUAAUGGAUUUUUAUUAUAAUUUAGAUCGUGUCACUGUAAGACAUGCGUGCCAAGGGGUCCCUGGACGAGGCCGAAUGGCUCUCGCAUACGGAUUUAUCACAAAGUCAGUGGAUGAACAGAUCUAUCUUCUGGAACAGAUUUUGGGGUACGAAGAUUUCCAUAAAAGCUGUCCAACAGCUGUGCCUAUGCCCUUAAGAACUGAUAUUAUCCAUGAAACUGUGAACAAGAAACUUAGAAUUGGGUAUUUUUCGGAUGAUGGGUUCUUAAAACCAAGUCCAGGGUAAGCUCAAUCAAAUCAAAUCAAAUCAACCUAAAAUACUUUUUUUAGAUGUGAACGGGCGGUGAUCGAGACCGUUGAGAAGUUGAAGGCAGAAGGCCAUGAAUUAGUUCAUUUCCGCCUCCCUAGACCAAAUCAUGCCGCCGAGAUCUGUUACAAAGCAAUUCUGACUGAUGGGGGUACCUUCUUGUGUAAUAUGUUCCGCGGGGAAGUAGUGGAUGAAUACAUGAAGAGCUUUGUCAACCUUAUUAAGGUAUAAGACACUUAUCGACGUCACAUUGAACUUUGUGUUUCCAGAUUCCUCUAAUCAUCCGCACUUGGGCGUCAUAUGUUAUUGGAUUCAUAAGCCCCCAGGCACAGAUUCUCUCACGUAGUUUUGUCAGAAAUAUUGAAGAACUGCGGCUGAAUCAAGAACAAGUAGAUCUGUAUCAAGAGGCGAUCAUCGACCAAUGGAAUGAACUCAAGUUGGAUGCUGUUGUCUGCCCCGCAUUCUGUGUCCCAGCUGUCGAGCACAAAUGGCCUAGUCUACUGGGAGCUUGUGGAUUUGCGACAGCUUUCUGGAAUAUGAUCAACUUCCCCUCAGGCGUGGUGCCUACGGGCAAAUGGAAUAAAGGAGAUGAAAAGGCGUUGGAAGGAUACGAAACAGGUAAUUUUGCGUACAUUUCUAUCUAAGUCUCUUGCUUUGUAAGGCUCGUUGUUAGAAUAACUUUUGAUUAUUCUAAUCCAGAGAGAUCAAUUGCGUAAUGCUAAAAUGGCUUUUUUAGGAAAUAAUUUCGUUUUGAAAUUUGUUAAAAAUGCCUCUGUUGGAUCAGAAGGCCUUCCAUUAUCAGUCCAGAUAGCCACCCGACCUUAUGAAGAAGAGAAAUGCCUCGGAGUUAUGAAGAUUGUAGAACAACUAUGGAAAUAA